AUGUAUCGCGUGGUUGCCUCCUACAAGCCGGGGGACGCCCAGAAGUUGGGCCUCGGCCCGGAGCUGCGGACGAACGCCCCGCGGCUCAUCUACGCGCAGGUGACUGGAUAUGGGCUGGAGGACGCGCGCGUGGGCUACGAUGCCGUGGUUCAGGCGGAGUCUGGCUUUACCUUUAUGAAUGGCAGCAAGGGCGAGGCAGGGCAGCCCACCAAGAUGCCGGUUGCGCUCGUGGAUCUCCUGGCGGCGCACCAAUUGAAGGAGGCCAUUUUGCUGGCGCUCUUGCAGCGUGAGCGUACAGGCGAAGGUGCGCAUGUGCACGUGUCCCUGAUGGCGGCAGCAGUCGCAUCCCUAGCCAAUCAGGCCACCGGCUACCUGCUGGCAGGUCAGGUCCCACAGCGGAUGGGCUCCGACCACCCGUCCAUUUGCCCCUAUGGUACUGACUUCUACGACAAGGAUGGCUUGCCCUUGAUCCUGGCAGUGGGCUCCGACGCGCAAUUCCGGAGCCUUUGUGAGGUCCUGGGAGACCCCGUCCUGGCCGUCCCGCGCUUCGCGCGGAACGAAGACCGCGUAGCACACCGCCAGGAGCUGCUGGAUCUGCUGGCCAUGGCCAUCCGCGCUUGGCGCCGGGAGGAUCUGCUGCGGGAGCUGCAGCGCCGUAAGGUUCCUUGCGGCGCGAUUGCCGACAUGGCGGCGGUAUUCGACACGGAGCAGGCCCAGGCACUGGUACUGCGAGACGAAGCUGGCAGCGCCGCGGGCUUGCGCCAGGCCUGUGGUCGGAACUGGUGCCAAGUCCGAUGA